AUGAGUCGUCAGUUUCCCUACUCGAGCGCUCCACUUCGUACUGUCAAAGAGGUUCAAUUUGGUUUGUUAUCUCCAGAGGAAGUGAGGGCAAUUUCUGUUGCCAAAAUCGAGUACCCAGAGACUAUGGAUCCGACCACCAAAAGACCGAGAGAUGGCGGUCUAAACGAUCCAAGGCUAGGAUCUAUUGAUAGAAACUUUAAGUGCCAGACAUGUGGCGAAGAUAUGGCCGAAUGCCCAGGGCAUUUUGGUCACAUUGAGUUGGCCAAGCCCGUCUUUCACAUUGGUUUCAUCGCCAAGAUCAAGAAGGUCUGCGAGUGUGUGUGUAUGCACUGUGGUAAACUUCUAGUCGAUGAUGCAAACCCAUUGAUGGCACAAGCUAUAAGGAUAAGAGACCCAAAGAAGAGAUUUAAUGCGGUGUGGAAUGUCUGUAAGAGCAAAAUGGUCUGUGAGGCCGAUGUGAUGAACGAUGAGGGCCAAAUUGUGUCCGGAAGAGGUGGCUGCGGUCACACGCAACCAACUGUCCGUAGAGACGGUUUGAAGUUAUGGGGUACCUGGAAGCAGAACAAACAGUUUGAAGAAAACGAGCAGCCAGAGCGCCGUUUGUUGACUCCUUCGGAAAUCUUAAGUGUCUUUAGGCAUAUUAGCGAAGAAGACUGUCUAAAACUAGGUUUCAAUGAAGAUUAUGCAAGGCCUGAAUGGAUGCUUAUAACGGUACUUCCUGUCCCCCCUCCACCAGUGAGACCUUCCAUUGCUUUCAACGAUACUGCGAGAGGUGAGGAUGACUUGACAUUCAAGUUAGCAGAUAUCAUUAAGGCAAAUAUAAACGUUCAGCGUCUUGAAAUGGAUGGUUCUCCUCAGCACGUCAUCAGUGAGUUUGAAGCACUUUUACAGUUCCACGUUGCAACUUACAUGGACAAUGACAUUGCUGGUCAGCCUCAGGCACUUCAAAAGACCGGUCGUCCGAUCAAAUCUAUCAGAGCUAGAUUGAAGGGUAAAGAGGGUAGAUUGAGAGGUAACUUGAUGGGUAAGCGUGUGGAUUUCUCCGCUCGUACAGUUAUUUCUGGUGAUCCAAAUCUUGAUCUUGACCAAGUUGGCGUUCCAAUCUCCAUCGCGAGAACAUUGACAUACCCUGAAAUCGUAACUCCUUACAAUAUUCAUCGUUUGACUGAAUACGUGCGUAAUGGUCCAAACGAGCAUCCAGGUGCCAAGUACGUUAUUCGAGAUACCGGUGAUCGUAUCGACUUGAGAUACAACAAGAGGGCGGGUGACAUUGCCUUGCAAUACGGUUGGAAGGUCGAACGUCAUUUGAUGGAUGAUGACCCAGUCUUGUUCAACCGUCAACCUUCGUUGCACAAAAUGUCCAUGAUGUGUCAUAGAGUGAAAGUCAUGCCCUACUCCACCUUCAGAUUAAACUUGUCCGUCACGUCCCCAUAUAACGCUGAUUUCGAUGGUGAUGAAAUGAACUUGCAUGUGCCACAAUCUCCGGAAACCAGAGCAGAAAUGUCUGAGAUUUGUGCUGUGCCUUUACAGAUUGUCUCGCCGCAAUCUAACAAACCAGUCAUGGGUAUUGUGCAAGAUACUCUUUGUGGUAUUCGUAAGAUGACUUUGAGAGACAUCUUCAUCGAUUAUGAGCAAGUCAUGAACAUGCUUUACUGGAUACCAGACUGGGAUGGAGUUAUUCCUCCUCCUGCCGUCAUGAAACCAAAGCCAUUAUGGACAGGAAAACAGUUGUUGUCUAUGGCUAUUCCAAAGGGUAUUCAUAUGCAAAGAUUCGAAGAUGGAAGAGACUUUUUGAGUCCUGAGGACAAGGGUAUAUUAGUUGUGGAUGGUCAAAUCAUCUUCGGAGUUGUCGAUAAAAAGACCGUUGGAGCUACAGCUGGUGGUUUAAUCCAUACUGUCUUCAGAGAAAAGGGCCCACAGGUCUGCGCACAGCUCUUCAGCUCCAUACAAAAAAUUGUAAAUUAUUGGUUGUUGCACAAUGGUUUCUCAAUUGGUAUUGGUGACACUAUCGCUGAUAAAGACACAAUGAGAAAUGUGACAACAACCAUUGAAGAUGCCAAGCUCAAGGUGCAAGAGAUCAUUCUUGACGCUCAACAGAAUAGAUUGGAGCCCGAACCAGGUAUGACAUUGAGAGAGUCUUUUGAGCACAACGUUUCGCGUGUAUUGAAUCAAGCCCGUGAUUCCGCUGGUCGUUCCGCUGAAAUGAACUUGAAGGACUUAAACAAUGUCAAGCAGAUGGUCACAUCUGGUUCUAAGGGAUCUUUCAUUAACAUUUCGCAAAUGUCGGCCUGUGUCGGUCAGCAAAUUGUCGAGGGUAAACGUAUUCCAUUCGGUUUCGCCGAUCGUACCUUGCCGCAUUUCUCGAAGGAUGAUUAUUCUCCAGAAUCUAAGGGUUUCGUGGAAAACUCAUAUUUGAGAGGUUUGACACCUCAGGAGUUCUUUUUCCAUGCUAUGGCUGGUAGAGAGGGUCUUAUUGAUACUGCUGUCAAGACCGCUGAGACAGGUUACAUUCAGCGUCGUUUGGUUAAGGCAUUGGAAGAUAUCAUGGUGCAUUACGAUGGUACAACCAGAAACUCUUUGGGUGACGUUAUACAAUUUGUUUAUGGCGAGGAUGGUUUGGAUGGUACUUCUGUCGAGAAGCAAACUGUCGACACUAUUCCAGGUUCUGAUGCAUCGUUCGAGAAACGUUAUAGAAUUGAUCUUUUGGAUCCAGAAAUGUCUAUUUCUGAAUCCCUAUUGGAAUCUGGUAAGGAUAUCAAGGGUGAUGUGAAGUUGCAGAAGGUCUUGGAUGAAGAAUACAUGCAGUUGCUCAGGGAUCGUAAAUACUUGAGAGAGGUUUGCUUCCCCAACGGUGACUACAACUGGCCAUUACCAGUCAAUUUGCGUCGUAUCAUUCAAAAUGCGCAGCAGAUAUUCCAUAGUGGUCGCCAGAAGGCUUCUGAUUUGAAGUUGGACGAAAUUGUCCACGGCGUACGUGAUUUGUGCACCAAGCUUCUUGUCGUUAGAGGUAGGGGCAAGUUGACAGAAGAGGCACAAGAAAAUGCUACAUUGCUUUUCCAAUGCUUGUUACGUUCUAGAUUGGCCGCUCGCCGUGUGAUCGAGGAGUUCAAAUUGAACAGAACUUCGUUCGAGUGGGUAAUGGGUGAAAUUGAGACCCAGUUCCAGAAGUCCAUAGUUCACCCAAGUGAGAUGGUGGGUGUUAUUGCUGCUCAAUCUAUUGGUGAGCCUGCAACGCAGAUGACCUUGAACACCUUCCACUAUGCCGGUGUGUCUUCAAAGAACGUUACUCUUGGUGUGCCUCGUCUUAAGGAAAUUCUAAACGUUGCAAAGAACAUCAAGACUCCUGCGUUGACUGUGUACUUGGAUCCGGAUGUGGCUGCCGACAUUGAAAAAGCGAAGGUUGUCCAAUCUGCAAUCGAACACACUACUUUGAAGAACGUUACUUCUGCCACAGAGAUUUUCUAUGACCCUGAUCCAAGAAGCACAGUCAUUGAGGAGGAUUAUGAUACUGUCGAGGCUUAUUUUGCUAUUCCUGAUGAAAAGGUAGAAGAGACCAUCGACAACCAAUCUCCUUGGUUGCUUCGUCUUGAGCUUGAUAGAGCUAAAAUGUUGGACAAGCAAUUGACGAUGGCUCAAGUUGCCGAGAAGAUUUCGCAGAACUUCGGCGAAGAUUUGUUCGUCAUUUGGUCUGAUGACACUGCCGAGAAGUUGAUCAUCCGUUGUCGUGUUAUUCGUGAUCCUAAGUUGGAAGAAGAAGGUGAACACGAGGAAGAUCAAAUUUUGAAGCGUGUGGAAGCUCACAUGUUGGAGACAAUCUCUUUGCGUGGUAUUCCGGGCAUCACCAGGGUUUUCAUGAUGCAGCACAAGCUAAGUGUUCCUGAUGAGAAUGGUGAGUACGUUCAGAAGCAAGAAUGGGUCUUGGAAACCGAUGGUGUAAACUUGGCAGAGGUUAUGGCUGUGCCCGGUGUCGACGCUCGUCGUACUUACUCGAAUAAUUUCAUUGAGAUUCUCUCUGUCUUGGGUAUCGAAGCUACUCGUUCAGCUUUGUACAAGGAGAUUCUUAAUGUCAUUGCUUUCGAUGGUUCGUACGUCAACUACCGUCAUAUGGCUUUGUUGGUUGAUGUCAUGACUUCUCGCGGACACUUGAUGGCCAUUACUCGUCAUGGUAUCAACAGAGCUGAAACAGGUGCAUUGAUGCGUUGUUCUUUCGAAGAAACGGUCGAAAUUUUGUUGGAGGCUGGUGCUGCUGCUGAGCUCGAUGACUGCCGCGGUAUUUCCGAGAAUGUCAUCUUGGGCCAAAUGCCUCCUUUGGGUACUGGUGCAUUUGACUGUAUGGUUGAUGACAAGAUGUUGCAACAAGCUGCUCCAAGUGGAGGUGUUGCUGCAACUGCACAAACUGGUGCUUACGCUGAUGACGGUGGUGCCACACCUUACAGAGAGUAUGACAUGGAGGAUGACAAGAUUCAGUUUGAAGAAGGCGCUGGAUUCUCGCCAAUUCACACUGCAAACACAUCCGAAGGUAUUGGCUCGCUCACUUCCUAUGGGGGACAACCAUCGGUGUCUCCAACCUUCGUCUCCUGGAUAUGGGGGUACUUCACCAACGUACUCGCCUACGUCUCCAAGCUACUCUCCUACGUCUCCAUCGUACUCACCAACUUCGCCAAGUUAUUCACCAACCUCGCCAAGUUAUUCGCCAACAUCACCAUCUUACUCACCAACAUCGCCAAGUUAUUCGCCAACAUCACCAUCUUACUCACCAACAUCGCCAAGUUAUUCGCCAACAUCACCAUCUUAUUCACCAACUUCGCCAAGUUACUCACCAACUUCGCCAUCAUAUUCACCAACUUCUCCAAGCUACUCGCCUACGUCACCUAG